AUGGAAGUGGGGGGGAGUAGAGGAGUGGGGGUUAUAAAGGAUACUUUAGACCGACUGAGGCUCCUGUUUAAAUCUGUUUAUCUGCCGGCUGGGAUAGAGCCUUCGAUAGCGCCAUCUCUCGGAAUGACAAUCAGCAGAUUUGAUGGGAACAUACAUGCUAAUGGAUUGACAGGCAUGAGAAAGGUGAGCACCCAGCGGCACCUCUUCCUCGACUAG